CUGGGCUUGGGGAAGGUGGUUUAGGGAGCUCCAGGGGAACUAAAAAAAAUCACUUGGAGUGGUUCAGCCACCCUCGUUCCUCACGGACUUGCUCGGUGUUGUUGUUUUGUAAGGAAAGAAAGUUAGACGAGAAUGAAAAAUCAUCCAUAAUAUGGAAACCCUCUUUCAGCCCUAACUGAAAUCACAACCGUGACUCCAUAAAUUGUUGUCAAAGAAGGGCAUUGCCACUUUCCUCAGGAGAGGCUCCAGUAGUUGAGCUGGCAAGUUUUCUUCUAGCCCACCAUAGUCCCCAGAGAAAGUCAGCCUAGCAAGUACAAAUCCACUGCACUGGGAAACAGUCCUAUCAGGAUAAUAGCAAAGCUUAAAUUGUAUUUGAGCACCUACAUGUGACUAUGAUUGGCAAAAUAGAAAUGCAUAUAUAGAUUGUUAUUGGAAUAAAUAUUUGACUGAGUAUAGGGGAAAUAUAUGUUCAUGCAAAAGAAAGCAAGUUUAUGUCCCACCGAGCAACAUUUCCAAGGCCAUCACUACUGUGCAAGUACAUAAUUGGAAAGCCCAGAAAAGUAACAGGAGUUUACAAUUAAUUAAAAGUUUCCAGAAGUGCUGUCUUUUUAACUGCAGAAGAGCAAGGCUUUGUCUUCAUUUAAUUCUGAAGUGAAACUUGUCACACGCCAAGAAAACUAAACCCCUUUAGAAGAUAGGCACUAGUAGUAGAAUGCUGAAACAAACUUCUGGAUUAGCUUCAUUGGCUUUCCUGCUUCUUUUGCAUCCCAAAGCAUAAGCUUAAAUCGUCUCAGAAGGACAAGGUCCGCCAGUUUAUGGCAUUUACCCAGGCUGGUGAAAGGACUGCUAUAUAUUGCUUAAUGCAGAAUGAGUGGAAACUAGAAGUGGCAACAGACAACUACUUCCAGAACCCAGACUUGUACUACAAAGAAUCCAUGAAAAAUUCAGUAGACAGAAAGAAAUUAGAACAAUUGUAUAACAGGUACAAAGACCCACAGGAUGAAAAUAAAAUUGGUAUUGAUGGAAUUCAGCAGUUUUGUGAUGAUUUAAGCCUGGACCCUGCCAGUAUCAGCGUCUUGGUCAUAGCAUGGAAGUUCAGGGCAGCUACUCAAUGUGAAUUCAGUAAAAAGGAAUUUGUAGAUGGCAUGACAGAAUUGGGGUGUGACACCACAGACAAGCUAAAAGCUCUACUGCCAAGAUUGGAACAAGAGCUAAAGGAUCCAAUAAAGUUCAAAGAUUUUUAUCAGUUUACCUUUACUUUUGCUAAAAACCCUGGACAAAAAGGUUUAGAUUUAGAAAUGGCAAUUGCAUAUUGGAAUUUAGUCUUAUCGGGAAGGUUUAAAUUUUUAGAUCUUUGGAAUAAAUUUUUGUUGGAACACCAUAAAAGAUCAAUCCCAAAAGAUACUUGGAAUCUUCUGUUAGACUUUGGAAAUAUGAUUGCAGAUGAUAUGUCAAACUAUGAUGAAGAAGGAGCAUGGCCUGUUCUCAUAGAUGAUUUUGUGGAAUAUGCACGACCAGUAGUCACAGGAGUAAAGCGUAAAACCUCCUAACCACAGACACUUCCAAAUGGACUAAGUUUGCAAUCUGAACUCUAUCAGGUAAUGAAGACGUUUUCGCCAAUAACUGUGCACACCGUCACUGGUUUCAAUGCCACUGACAAAAUUGAAAUUGCUCCUUUCCGCCUAAAGAAAAUGAUGGCUGACUCAUGGACACAGCAAGAAGAAACUCAAGAUAGCCCAGGCUGUUCAUAGGAUAUUGGCUUCAAUUAUUGUGCUGGUUGUAUCAUAUAGGAUGUAGAUUUUGCAUGAUUUUAUACUUUGGGGAAGUUUAACUAGAGGUCAUUUUAAAGUUUUGACAGCAGAGCAUGCCAUUCAGUUCAUGAUCCAAGAUGAACACCAGCAGUUACAUAAUUAAAACUGUAUUAUAUUGUACUUAUAUUAAAAGCAGUAUUUGUGGUAUAUAAAUUAAAUCCCUAAAUAAAA